AUGGUUGGAGGGUCCUUUCAACCACUUCUAGGGUUCACUUUGCUCUUGCUGUGUGUUAAACCUGGCCUCGGAUCCAGUAUUGGCGAGGGUGAUGCUGAAGUUGGGUGUAUAGGGAGGGAGAGACAAGCUCUCCUGAAGUUUAAACAAGGCAUUGUCGAUGAUUUUGGGAUUCUUUCUUCAUGGGGGAAUGAAGAGGACAAAACAGACUGUUGCAGAUGGGAAGGAGUCCAGUGUAGCAAUCUAACAGGUCAUGUAGUUAUGCUUGAUCUUGGCGCGUAUGGAUACAAUGAGAGCCGGUAUUUAAGAGGUAAGAUUAGUCAUUCGUUGCUUGGAUUGCAACACUUGCGUCAUUUGGACCUCAGCGGCAACAAUUUUGAAGGGGAGUCUAUGCCUGAAUUCAUUGGUUCCUUCACCAAAAUGAGAUAUCUCAAUCUUUCUUCCACCCACUUUUUUGGAACUCUUCCCUGUCAACUUGGAAAUCUUUCAAACUUGAAUUCUCUUGAUCUCAGCGGUAAUUCCCAUAUGAGUUCUGAAAAUCUUGACUGGCUUUCACACCUUUCUUCUUUAACACACCUUAACCUGAAUGGCGCUAACCUCAGUAAAGUCAUCCAAUGGCCAGAAGCAAUUACCAAACUUCCUUCUCUCAUUGAACUACACCUAAAAUCUUGUGAUCUUCCUUCCCUCGCCACUCCAUCUCUUUCCCUUGUUAAUUCUUCUGCAUCCCUUGUUCUCCUUGAUCUCUCUUUUAAUCAGCUCCAUACUGCUUCCAUAUACCCCUGGUUGUUCAACUUCAGUAACAGCCUUGUUCAUCUUGACCUCUCUUAUAAUCUUCUACGCGGUUCUCUUCUGGGUGCUUUUGGGAACAUGGUCUCUCUUGCAUAUCUCGAUCUCUCCAAGAAUCGACUGGGAGGUAGGAUUCCAACACAUUUCAGUGGCAGCCUCGUUCAUCUUGAGCUCUCUAAUAAUUUUAUACGAGGUUCAAUUCCGGGCACUUUUGGGAACAUGACCUCUCUGGCAUCUCUUGGUCUCUCUAGGAAUCGUCUUAAAGGUAAGAUUCCAAAAUCUUUGAGUAGUAGCCUUGUUUAUCUUGACCUUUCUGGUAAUCAGAUACAAGGUUCAAUUCCGGACACUUUUGGGAACAUGACCUCUCUUAGAACUCUUUGCCUCUGUUCGAAUCAACUUGAAGGUGAGAUUCCAAAAUCCUUCAACAAUUUAUGUAAGUUACAAACACUCGAGUUGUGUCGAAACAAUCUUGAUGGAGUGCUUGCAAAAAACUUGUUGCCUUGUGCAAAUGACACAUUGGAGAUUUUGGAUUUAUCUCGUAACCGAUUUAUUGGAUCAUUCCCUGAUUUUAUUGGAUUUUCAUCGUUGACAAGGUUGGAACUUGGAUACAAUCAAUUAAAUGGGAAUUUACCUGAAAGUAUAGCACAGCUAUCUCAGCUUCAAGUUUUGAAUAUGCCUUGGAAUUCAUUGCAAGGCACUGUUUCUGAAGCCCACCUCUUUAAUCUCUCCAAAUUGCAACAUUUUGACUUAGCUUUCAACUCCCUGUUGACUUUGAAUUUCAGCUCAGACUGGGUUCCCCAAUUUCAACUCACUGAAAUACUAUUAGCCUCUUGCAAACUGGGACCACGUUUCCCAGGUUGGCUUCGAUCUCAGAAAGGUGUUGGUUGGCUUGAUAUCUCAGGUUCUGGAAUUUCGGAUGUCAUACCCAAUUGGUUUUGGAAUUUCAGCUCCCACUUGUAUCGAUUAAAUAUUUCCAACAAUGAGAUCACUGGAAUUGUGCCGAAUUUGUCAUUAAGAUUUGCUCAUUUUGCUCAAAUGGAUUUGAGUUCGAACCGUUUUGAGGGCUCAAUACCACUGUUUCUUUUUCGAGCUGGAUGGUUGGACUUGUCCAAAACAUGUUUUCAGGGUCAAUUUCUUUAUUGUGUGCAGUUGGUUGUGGAGCUGUGGCCUAUCUCGACCUCUCAAAUAACCUAUUGUCAGGAGAGCUACCCGACUGUUGGGCACGAUGGAAAGGAAUAG